AUGUAUGGAAGUGAGGCUGUUGGUGGGCCAUGCAAGACUUCAGAGAGAUCAGCACCUGGUAAAGCUCUCAAGGGUCACACCUUUAAGGAGUUUGCAGUGAGGGCAAUUGUUGAUUGCCAGAACACCUGUAAAAGAGAGCCCAGGUGUGCAAGUUACAAUUUUUACAUUCCGGGCAAAGUGUGUGAGCUUAACAGUCAUACCAAGGAGGAGAAACCUGAUCAUUUUGUAACGGAUGAACUGAGAUCCUACAUGAAACGUGAAGAUAUGAACUGUGUAAAACAUUGUACACCAAACACACUCUCAAUUGAUUCCCUCGAUUCUCCUGAUUAG